UGCACUAAUGAAGGUUUGAUUCGCGACAAAAUAAGUAGCACUUGUGGAGCCUAACUUAAAUGUUAAAGAUGUUAAGAGUUAUAACGGUAGCGGUUUUGGUUUUAGCUGCCGAAGGAGGGAACGUAUUAGAUCCACGAUGCUUCCAGGAGAUGGUUGGCGUAAGACUCGCUUAUCGUACAGACUGUGCAAAAUUUGUACAAUGUGUGAGCACAUCGGUUGGACUCGUGAAACUUUGUCCAAGUGGAUUACAUUUCAAUGCCGAGAGCGAAUUAUGCGACUUUCCAUCGCGAGCUGGUUGUGGUAAUAUGAUAUCUUCUUCUACUAGCGCUCACUGCGAAUGUGAUUGCGAAAUUUGUUGUCCGGGUUGUACAAGUGCAAUAACACUACCAACGCCAACAGCAGUGCAAAGUCCAGAACCAUCUGAGGCCACAAAUCCAACAAAUUUAACACCAACAGAAGCAACCUCACACGGAUCUCCAGCAGUACCAGAUUGCAAGCCCACACCUCUUAAUGAUAUAUCAACGCCUUCAGGGACCCCAAUAUCACCGAGUUCUCUCUCUAAUACAUCUCCUACAGCUAUAAUUGAAACAUCUACUCCAUCAGAGGGACCCUCUACACCCACUCCUAUAGACAAUGUCCCCACGCCUUUUGAUUCUCCAACAACAUCGAAUUCUUUACCAACACCAACACCAACAUCAUCAGAUGGUCCUCAUACACCUUGUGCUAAUCCAUCUUCUGAUACAGAUGAUGCAACAACGCAUUCAGAUUCCCCAACAUCAUCAAAUUAUAUGUCAACCCCUAAGCCAGCAUCACCUACACCAUCAGGCGGACCUCCUAGACCUACUGCUGGUCCAACUUCUCCUACAGACGAUUCACCAUCGCCUUCUUAUUCUCCACCACAAUCAAAUUCUCAACCAACACCAACACCCUCAGACGAUUCGCCAACAUCGUACAAUUCUCCAUCAACACUAACAGUUUCAGACGGACCUCUCACACCUACUGCUGGUCCAACUUCUCCUACAGACGAUUCACCACCGCCUUCUUAUUGUCCCCCACAACCAAAUUCUCUGCCAACACCAACACCCUCAGACGGAUCUCCCACACUUACUGCAGGUUCUCCUACUCCUAUGGAUGAUGUAUCAACGACUUUUCAUUCCCCAACACCAUCAAAUUCUCCAGCAACACUUACACCAUCAGACGGAUCUCCUAUACCUGCUGCUGAUCCAACUUAUCCAAGAGACGAUGCACCAACGACUUCUGAUUCUUCAACACUAUCAAAUUCUAAGCCAACACCCACACCCUCAGACGGAUCUCACACAUCUACUACAGGUUCAGCUACUCCUACUGACGAUAUACCAACGUCUUCUCACUCUCCAAUACCAUCAAAUUCUCCCCCAGCACCCACACCCUCAGACGGAUCUCACACAUCUACUGCAGGUUCAGCUACUCCUACUGACGAUAUACCAACGCCUUCUCAUUCUCCAACAUCAUCAAAUUCUCCCCCAGCACCCACACCUUCAGACGAAUUUCCCACACCUACUGCAGGUUCACCUACGGGCGAAGCAUCUACGCCUUCUGAUUCUUUCACACCUUCAAAUUGUCCACCGACGCCAACACCCUCGCAAAAUCCACCUACUAAUGACCUUCCAACCCCCACUGUAACAGAAGAGCCUUCUGAUUGCGAUGCAGUGUGUUGUAACAAAAACGAUGGUAUUAGUCAUAUUUUUGAGGGCAAUUGCCAGAAAUUUAUAGUUUGUGUUGGUGGAAAAGAGAUUGUGCUUACUUGCUCAAACAACUUGCAAUACAAUUCGGCAACCGGUGAAUGUGAUUACCCAGACAAUGUGGACUGCCCAUGGCCGCAACCACCGCCAAGCGGCCCCUCCGCUGGGCCAUCGGGAACUCAUUGUGAAAAUGGAAGCCGGUGCGUCGGCCAACGGGAUGGUACCUCUUUUACCAACGAAAGUAGUGAAUGUAGCUCAGAUUAUGUUGUUUGCCAAUGUGAGUGUGAAGUGAAGCGCAGUUGCAGCUCUCCGUUGAUGUUUAACGCUAAGUUAGGAGUGUGUGAUUGGCCCACGAGCUUCGGUUGCUAAUGUAAAGGAUUCUUUUGAAUUGUAAGACUUGGCCUAAUGUACAUUGAAAAAUAAAUAAAAAAAAUAAAAUUUGAGA